GCCGAACGUCCUGCGUCCUGCAGGACUAAAACUAUUCCGUCUUUUCAGCAGUCUACUGGUUCGAACCUACGAUCUCCAACAUCUGCGGAUGCGGUAGAAUAGUGACAUAAUUUUGAAAAAAUGGCCAUAUCAAGACUUACAACUCUCUGCAUCAAUUUUAUCCUUUAUACAAUUUUAGCAUCAUGCAUAUCAGCAAUUCAUCUACCUAACCAGCCAACGGAUCGGCCUCACAAACUAAGGCUAAGUUCCACCACAACUGCUCCAGUGAGUGGAGUUGCCACUCAAAGUUCAGAGAGUAAAGACGGGGUUGCAACAUAUCGUUUCAUCAACAGCAAAACAGGAACUACCUGCAUAUUACUGAGAACUGAUGCUGUGGUUGAGGUAAAAUUCAGAUUACACAAUUUGGAAGAACAAGCUGACUCUUUCGUACCAGAACAAGCUUUAGUAGAAGGAGAUUGCAAGAAUGAAGAUUAUUCCUAUAUGAGAUUGUCAUGGACUGGAUACAGUUUGAUAAUUAGCUUCUCAAAAUCACCUGGUGGAGAACUAUGGUACAUCGAUAAAGUAGAACUAACUGUUAGUCCUGAUCUUCCUCAACUGAAAGGAGUUCAUGGUAAUGCCAUUAAGUUGUAUCACAAAACGAUGCUCAUUCCAACACCUGUAGGAAAAUCUUAUUCCUGCGAAGAACUGGACAUCGACCUAGAAACAGACAAGGAGGAUAGACCACCACCAGGUCUGCGUGGUUCUCUUCUGCUUAGAGCACUUCAACUGCAACCCUUCAUGUAUAAGAGCGAGCAAUUUGAACCUUCAAUGGAAUGUAAAGAAAUGAAGACAUAUCGAGAUGAAACAGCACCAUUAGCUGUUGGUACAACCCUUGCCAUUUUUGUACUGAUGACUAUUUCAGGCUACGCCAUAUUCAGGUACUUCAAAGUGAAAAAUGUUCAGUACAACACUAUGGAAUAAAACGACACUGAAGAUUACGAGAAAUGAAUUUCUCGUCCUUUAUAAUUUGAAAGAGGAUUUUUGAAGUAAUCUGAUGUAUUCAUUUUUAAAGAAUUUUAUAUUUCUCUUGGUUGUGAAUCGAAAUUAUUUGUUUCUGAGUUAUAUACUCUUACGUGAAUUGAUUGGUCUCAAACUCAAACUAUUUUUUUGUUAUUGUUACUAUGUAUUGUUGAUGAUUUAUUGGAAAUUUGAGAAUAUUUAAAUAUGAGGAUGAUUAAACAAAACCCUUUUUGUAAUAUUCAUCUUUAAAAUGCUUUUAAUCACAUUCAUUGAAAAGAAUCAGCACAAAUAAUUAUUCAUCCUCAUAUAAACUUUUGAUAGAAAUUAAAAUUAUAUUAAGUUGUUUAUCAACGUGAAUUGGUAAGCAAUAAUUGUCAUAUCACUAUCUAUGGAAUAAUGUAUUCCUCUUGAUUUUGGGCCUGUAUUCUAUGAUUGAUGAAAAAAUUCGAUGAAGAAAAAUGUGAAUCAAUCAACGUAUCCAUCAAUGCAAUUUCUGUUCCUCAAUUGAAGAAAAUGAAAAUUUGAAAGAAGCAGCCCUAAUCAUGAUUCAAAAAAGUCAAUAUUAUCGAAAUGUAUAUCAUAUCAAUCAUAUCAAAUGAAGAAAUUAAAUAUUAUGGAUACUCGACUCCUAAGAAUCGUAUAAAAUUUGAAAAAAUUGUUCAAAGUGAAAAUAUGGAAGAAAAUUUUCUCGUACAGAAGAAAUGAUCGAUUCUGCUUGAGAAUUUGUUAAUGAAGACAACUGAAUUUAUAUCUCUUGAUCAAUGAAAUUCAGUAUUAAAUCCGAAUAGAAAUGAAACCAAUUUUACUAUUGCACAUUCAGGUAAUUAUGGAAAAAUAACGGACAUUUACAUAUCAUAUCGAUUAUUGUUCUUAGGUGUUAUAAAAUAUAUUUUGAGUACAACUCAAACUUUCAAUUAGAUUAUCUUUUUUUUCACUUCCAUCUAAGUUCAAGUGAUCACAAUUCUGAUCUCCGUUAUUAUUAUGGAACUAUUGAUAAGUUGCAAAAAAACGUAAUCUCAAAGUGAAUUUAAAUUAUAAUCUUACAAAAAUUUUUUAUUAUUCACACAAGAAGUUUUCAACAGAAUAAUCGACAAAAGGUCAGAAUUACCGAUAAUUUCAGAAGAAUAAUGAGAAAAUGUUGUAGAAGAAGUUUUUAUUGAAAAUUCACAAUGCAAAAAUCAUCGCAUCUAAUAUGAGAGAAUAAUAUUAAAUUUAUUCAAAAUUUUUAGCUGACAAGAAAGUUCCAUAGGAACUAAUGAGAGAAAAAUUGAAAUGCAGGAACUUUUUGAUUAUUUAAUAUCCAAGGUCGCAAUCAGUAAACUAUUUUCAUAACAAUAUUCAUUUUAUAUUUACUACUAAAGAUUCUGACAUAACUAAAAAUGUUCAGAAUUUGCUAUUCGGAUUUUAAUUUUCGAGUUAAUUCUAUUUAUAUUUGUGGCCUGAAAUAAAUUUCAAAUGAUUUUCUAGAUCUAUAUUUUUUCAUUCAUCAACCUUAUUUUUAAGAAUUUGUUAGUAUAAAUAUAUAUAUAUAAUAAGAGCCAAGGUCGUCUUCCAGUAAUUUAACAGAGGUAAAUAAAUUGAAAUGUAUAUUUAUAUUAGAGUGAUUGAGAACAAGGAGAAAUAGUAUUCUGUUAUUUGGAUAAAAUAUUCGAUUGAUGAAAGGACAAAAUUGAAUCGAUGAUUCGAAAUGAAUGUAAGCAAAUAAUGCUUUCAUUGAUGUAUAUCUUAUAUUUAAGAAGUUUGUAGUGUUGUUCGAAACUAUAAUAUACUCAUUAAUUGUUUGAAUUUGUUCUGAUGAAAAAAUCGUUUCCAAUGAUGUUGAAAUAAGGAAGAACUGUUUCAAAUAUGGAACUUGUAUCAUUCAUUCCGAAAUAUAUGGUUUACUUUUGAA